AUGGUGCCUGUGAGGGAGCUGGGGCUGCUCCUGUGCCUGCAGCUCUGUGGGGGUGAGCAGCGGGGCGCGGGGAGCCCGCGGGGGAGGGAGCCCCUUGAGCCCCGUGCCGGGCUCAGCACCCUCGUGGCUGCAGGCACCGAGGAGCUGCGGCUGGUCGGCGGCGGCGGGCGCUGCGCCGGGAGGGUGGAGGUGAAGCACGAGGGCCAGUGGGGCUCGGUCUGCAAGUACGACUUCGGCUGGGAUACCGGUUGGCCCAGCGUGGUGUGUCGGAAGCUGGGCUGUGGCCCGGUGGCCAGAGCGUCUGUCUAUGCCCCAUUUGGACAAGGCACCGGCAGGAUUUGGCUCCAUCUCUUCCACUGCCAGGGCAGCGAAAAUGCGCUGCAGGAGUGUCAGUCUGCAGAACGGGGACAACACUUGUGUGGCCAUGACCGGGACAUAGGGGUGACCUGCGCAGAGGCGGUGGAGCUGCGGCUGGCGGCGGGCAGGGGUCCCUGCGACGGGAGGGUGGAGGUGAAGCUGCAGGGACGCUGGGGCUCGGUGGCAGACAACGUCUGGACCAUGAAAGAUGCUGAGGUGGUUUGCAAGCAGCUGGGCUGUGGCUUGGCUGUUGGUGCCCACCAUGUCAUAAAAACCUAUGGAGAAGGGGACGGCCCCUUCAGCCUGGCUCUGGUCGAGUGCCGGGGGGAUGAAGCUGCACUCUGGGACUGCAAGAUCGAAGGCUGGGGACCCUACACGUUUUUCAAUAGCUAUGACGCUGUCGUUGUGUGCCAAGGGUUUAGCCGGCUGGUUGGUGGGGACGGUGCCUGUGCCGGGAGGCUGGAGGUGUGGCAGGGCCAAAGCUGGGCCAGCGUCUGCCAGGACGAGGUGGACAUGGAGGCUGCCCGGGUGGUUUGCCGGGAGCUGGGCUGCGGCGCGGCACUUGCUGUCCCGCUGUGGUCUGAGGAGGGAGCGGGGCCGCUGUGGCAGGGGGGCUUCAACUGCAGCGGCCACGAGUCCCUCCUGUCCAGCUGCGCCCGGAGCCCGCCCCGCAGCCAGGGCUGCGCUGGCCACGCCGGCAUCGUCUGCUCCCCCUACACAGGUUUUCGUCUGGCGAACGGCAGCUCGGGCUGCGCCGGGCGGGUGGAGGUGGAGCGGGGGGGGGCGUGGGGGUCCCUGUGUGCCAGCGGCUGGGACCUGCGUGACGCCCACGUGCUGUGCCAGCACCUAGGCUGCGGCCCCGCCAGCGCCGUGCCCCCAGCGGGCUCCUUCGGUGGCGGGAACGGGACAGUGUGGAGGGACACGUUCCGCUGCCAGGGGAACGAGCGGCACCCGGGCGAGUGCCUGACGGCGGCGCUGGGGGAGCCCGCCUGCCCCCCCGGCCACGCUGCCGCUGUCAGCUGCUCCGCGCUGGAGGGUGUUGAGAAGCCCCUGCGGCUGGUGGAGGGGCAGAGCCGGUGCGACGGGCGGCUGGAGGCGGCCACGGGCUCGGGGGCUUGGCAGCUGGGCUGUGGCGAGCUGGAGAAGGUCCAGGCCGUGGCGGGCUCGGGCAGCGCGGCGCUGCGCUGUGGCAGCAGCCGGGACAGCCCGGCCCUGUGCAACGUGUCGGCGAGCCAGGAGGUGGCUGUGGUCUGCUCGGGCAGCCGGCGGCUGAGGCUGGCGGGCGGCCCCGGGCGCUGCGCCGGGCGGCUGGAGGUCUAUGUCAACGGCAGCUGGGCCGGCGUCUGCCAGGACGGCUGGGAGCAGCGAGAUGCCAGCGUCGCCUGCCGCCAGCUGGGCUGUGGCGCGGCGCUGCAGGCAGCGGGCUCGGCUGCCGUGGGUGCCGGCAGCGGGCCGCUGUGGGGCGGAGCCGGGGGCUGUGCCGGGAGCGAAGGGUCUCUGUGGGACUGCCCGGUUCCGGCCCCGCGCGGCUGCCGGCGCGGCGGCGGGGCAGCGCUCGUGUGCUCAGGUCACUUUUCCGUGCGGCUGGAGGGCGGCAGCGGCCGCUGCAACGGGCACCUGGAGCUGCGCCACAACGGCACCUGGGGCCGCGUGUGUGCCGAGGACAGCAGCCGGGACACGGCCACCGCCGUCUGCCGGCAGCUGGGCUGCGGGAACGGGGGGACGCUGGAGGCCGCCCCUGCCAGGAGCCGCCCCGCCUGGCUGGCCUGGGUGCGCUGCGAGGAGGGGGCUCGCUGGCUCUGGAGAUGCCCCUCGGCACCCUGGCACCUGCAGGCGUGCGGCCCCAGCGGGCACGCAUUUGUCACUUGUGAGGGGGACGGGGAUGACAUCGGCGGGACGGUCACCCCAUCCGCAGGGAGCCAGUGCCCGGAUGGUGUCACCUGCACAGGUAACCGUGCCCGUGCCAGCAGCCCCCUGCGCUGGGCUGGCUGGGGCUCCUCCUCACUCCGUGUCCCCACAGGCGAGCCCAGCAGCAGCACCGCGGGGACAGCGUCGGUGCCCACAGUCCUGUGCGGGGUCCUGGGGGCACUGCUGUGCCUGGCCCUGGCCCUGCUGGGGUGCCAGGCCUGGGCUCGGCGCCGAGGCACCAGCAGGGACACAGAUGCCAUCCCUGAUGCCAUCUACCAGGAGCUGGACUACACCCAGGCACCCAACUACGAGGAGGUGCCCAGUGGCUCAGGUGGGUGCAGCCCCCGUGCCCGGUGCUUGUCCCCGAAGCUGGGGGGUUCAGCCCCAGCACAGCACCAGGUCCUGCUGGCGUGGCACCAGCUGGUCCCCAUGGCACGGAGGUGUCCCCUGGUGCCACUGUGGCCCUGCUCAGGCUGCCCCAAUAUCCCGUCCCACCCCUACCAGGGUCCCCGUCCCUGGGACCCUCGAGGCCUGCCCGAGCACAGCCUCCAGGAUGGCUACGACGAUGCCAUGGCCGUGCCUGCAGAGUCCCCUGCUCCCAGCACUGGGGACAUCAUCUCCGGGGAGGUGGCACGGAGGAGCUGGAGCUGUGGCCCAGCCACAGACACGGCAACAUCCCGCGCUGAGGAACGAAAGCCCCAGCGAAAGGAGAAGCUGCUGCUGGGGCGGGAGGAGCUGAGGCACCUGGAAGACCUUCUUCCCUUGGGCUGGAGAAGGAGCACCCUGUGCGAUGCCGGGCGGCUGGAGCAGAGCAGCGCGGUGCUUGGCAGCUGCCUCCUGCCCCUCGCCCUGCCGGAGCAGCUCGUUGCCUCCUUGGGGAUCGGCGGCAGCGCCGGAAGCGCCUCAUCUGCCGCCUCGUCCGCCGCGCGCCGGUGGCGGUGCCGGUGCGGUCGGAGCUUGGUGCCGUCGCGGAAGUCGCUGAGCGGCCCGGUGCCCUCCCGCACCAGCUCCUUGGACACGCCGCCGUCGCCCGCAGCUGCUCGACCUGCUCCGCCAUGGUGGCCGCGCCCCGCCCCGCUUCGGCCGCCUCCGCCGCCGCUUCGGCUCUUUCCGGACGGCCUCGGCCCCGCGGCGGCGCCCUCUGCCGGGGGGAGGCGGCAGCUCCGGGGCGGGGGGCGGAGGCGGCGGGGUCGGGUCUGGCCGCGCCCGGAGCCCCCGAGCGGCCUUGGGACGGGAUGGCGGCACAAACCCGCCUCGGGACCGCCGGUCACGGGCCUGCGCGAGCUCUGGGCCGGCAGUGGCGGGGAGGAAGGUCGAGCUGCCGUCGCCUCCAUCGCCGGCGGCUGCCCGGGGCCCGUGGCAGGUCCCCCUGCACGUCUGCAUCCCCAGGGGCUGCACCUCACACGGGCCCUGGGCCACCUGCGUUUCCCGUCCCCAUGGGCGUGCGGAAGCCUGGUGUCCCCAGCGCCCCCGCAGGCGGCCAGGGAGCCCGUGCGGUCGGUGCCAGUGGCGGGGGGUGGGGGACACAGACCCGCCUCCUUCCUGCCGGCGCAGCGAGGCAGGCGUGGUGGCACACCUGCUGGCACCGCCAUGUGCUGCCAGCCUCGCCGAGGGGCCGGGCAUGUGCCACCUGCGAGUGCUGUGACAUCCCCCAGCCCGCCCCGGGGGGCCUGGGACAGCAGGAUGGUGCCUGUGAGGGAGCUGGGGCUGCUGCUGUGCCUGCAGCUCUGUGGGGGCACCGAGGAGCUGCGGCUGGUCGGCGGCGGCGGGCGCUGCGCCGGGAGGGUGGAGGUGAAGCACGAGGGCCAGUGGGGCUCGGUCUGCCAGCACGACUUCCACUGGGAUCGCAACUGGGGCACCGUGGUGUGCAGGCAGCUGGGCUGUGGCCCGGUGGCCAGAUCAUCUGUCUAUGCCCCGUUUGGACAAGGCACCGGCAGGAUUUGGUUCCGUCUCUUCCACUGCCUGGGAAGUGAAGCGACACUGCAGGACUGUGUCCAUUUUGGAUGGGGACAACACUCCUGUGGCCAUGACCGGGACAUAGGGGUGACCUGCGCAGAGGCGUGAGCUGCGGGCUGGCGGCGGGGCAGGGGUCCCUGCGACGGGAGGGUGGAGGUGAAGCUGCAGGGACACUGGGGCGUGGUGGCGGACAGCGGCUGGACCAUGAACAAUGCUGAGGUGGUUUGCAAGCAGCUGGGCUGUGGCUCGGCUGUUGGUGUCCACCAUGUCAGGACUGACUAUGGAGAAGGGGGCGGCCCCGUCAGCCUGGCUAGGGUCGAAUGCCGGGGGGAUGAAGCUGCGCUCUGGGACUGCAAGAUCUACGGCUGGGGACCCUACAAGUUUUUCAAUAGCUAUGACGCUGCCGUUGUGUGCCAAGGGUUUACCCGGCUGGUUGGUGGGGACGGUGCCUGUGCCGGGAGGCUGGAGGUGUGGCAGGGCCAAAGCUGGGCCAGCGUCUGCCAGGACGAGGUGGACAUGGAGGCUGCCCGGGUGGUUUGCCAGGAGCUGGGCUGCGGCGCGGCACUUGCUGUCCCGCUGUGGUCUGAGGAGGGAGCGGGGCCGCUGUGGCAGGGGGGCUUCAACUGCAGCGGCCACGAGUCCCUCCUGUCCAGCUGCGCCCGGGGCCCGCCCCGCAGCCAGGGCUGCGCUGGCCACGCCGGCAUCGUCUGCUCCCCCUACACAGGUUUUCGUCUGGCGAACGGCAGCUCGGGCUGCGCCGGGCGGGUGGAGGUGGAGGCGGGGGGGACGUGGGGGUCCCUGUGUGCCAGCGGCUGGGACCUGCGUGACGCCCACGUGCUGUGCCAGCACCUGGGCUGCGGCCCCGCCAGCGCCGUGCCCCCCAGCGGGCUCCUUCGGGCGGGAACGGGACAGUGUGGAGGGACACGUUCCCGCUGCCAGGGGAACGAGCGGCACCCGGGGCGAGUGCCUGACGCGGCGCUGGGGGGAGCCCCGCCUGCCCCCCCGGCCACGCUGGCCGCUGUCAGCUGCUCAGGUGUUGAGAAGCCCCUGCGGCUGGUGGGAGGGCAGAGCCGGUGCGACGGGCGGCUGGAGGCGGCCACGGGCUCGGGGGCUUGGGCCCGAGUGGCGGAGGGGCCGCGGGAUGCGGGCCCGGUGUGCCAGCAGCUGGGCUGUGGCGAGCUGGAGAAGGUCCAGGCCGUGGCGGGCUCGGGCAGCGCGGCGCUGCGCUGUGGCAGCAGCCGGGACAGCCCGGCCCUGUGCAACGUGUCGGCGAGCCAGGAGGUGGCUGUGGUCUGCUCGGGCCGGCGGCUGAGGCUGGCGGGCGGCCCCGGGCGCUGCGCCGGGCGGCUGGAGGUCUAUGUCAACGGCAGCUGGGCCGGCGUCUGCCAGGACGGCUGGGAGCAGCGAGAUGCCAGCGUCGCCUGCCGCCAGCUGGGCUGUGGCGCGGCGCUGCAGGCAGCGGGCUCGGCUGCCGUGGGUGCCGGCAGCGGGCCGCUGUGGGCGGAUGCCGGGGGCUGUGCCGGGAGCGAAGGGUCUCUGUGGGACUGCCCGGUUCCGGCCCCGCGCGGCUGCCGGCGCGGCGGCGGGGCAGCGCUCGUGUGCUCAGAGCAGCUUUCCGUGCGGCUGGAGGGCGGCAGCGGCCGCUGCAACGGGCACCUGGAGCUGCGCCACAACGGCACCUGGGGCCGCGUGUGUGCCGAGGACAGCAGCCGGGACACGGCCACCGCCGUCUGCCGGCAGCUGGGCUGCGGGAACGGGGGGACGCUGGAGGCCGCCCCUGCCCAGGAGCCGCCCCUCGCCUGGCUGGCCUGGGUGCGCUGCGAGGAGGGGGCUCGCUGGCUCUGGAGAUGCCCCUCGGCACCCUGGCACCUGCAGGCGUGCGGCCCCAGCGGGCACGCAUUUGUCACUUGUGAGGGGGACGGGGAUGACAUCGGCGGGACGGUCACCCCAUCCGCAGGGAGCCAGUGCCCGGAUGGUGUCACCUGCACAGGCGAGCCCAGCAGCAGCACCGCGGGGACAGCGUCGGUGCCCACAGUCCUGUGCGGGGUCCUGGGGGCACUGCUGUGCCUGGCCCUGGCCCUGCUGGGGUGCCAGGCCUGGGCUCGGCGCCGAGGCACCAGCAGGGACACAGAUGCCAUCCCUGAUGCCAUCUACCAGGAGCUGGACUACACCCAGGCGCCCAAGUACGAGGAGGUGCCCAGUGGCUCAGGGUCUCCAUCCCUGGGGUCAGGGACGAAUCUGCCCUAUCCCUCUGGGGACAGCGUGGAGGAGAGUGACCCCCGUGCAGCUCCAGGUAGGGACAUGGGGACAGGCACCCAGCAGGGAGCCCUGGGGACAUGGUCACUCCCUAGCCUGGGCCAACCCAGCUCAGCUGUGGCUCCCAUGACUCUGCCCGAGUACGGCACCCAGGAUGGCUAUGAGGAGAUGGCACAGAGGAGCUGGAGCUGUGGCCCAGCCACAGGAGCCACAAGGGACCCACGGGAACAGCCCCCGGGGGACACAGACUAUGACGAUGUUGGCAUCAGCACCCUGGGGACGUCGCUGUGA